UCAAAGCUACAUUUUGAGUUAAUGUCGACAUGCAAAAUAAAUUAUUAUUGUGGGAAAGGGGCUUUUGUGCACAUCUCACCAUUGUGUGGAGCAGGGAUGUGAAAAAAGUUCUAAUUUGUUGAACUUUGACCCCAGUUGCGCAGCCAGUUACUGCUGACCAUUGGUUGAAUUGAUGUGAAACUAGUUAAUAGCCUAGGUGUGUUUCCCAAUUUCCCAAGCUGUACAAUAACAUGAUCCUCAUAUUAGGAUAGGUUACAACUAACACCUAUUUAACUAGUGCAAUAUCAACUCUUAUAACAAACAAAAAAGUUUGAUCUGGCAAAAUAUUGUGAUUUAUUGCUAGCAACAUUAGCACUGUAGCUCAGAGUUCAGCAAAAAUGACACUGAACGGUUAAAAACAUGUUUAUAUUAAUUCAGGAGUACAGGUAAAAAUACACCAAAUGUGUGUGGGUUGUGGGUCAAAUGAAUUAAAAUUUAAAAAAAUAAAUAAAGCUUCAGCUUAUUUUAAGUGUCCAACCUGACAUACUCUUAUCAAGCCUAAAUAACUGAAACAUUUUUGUGAAGGCCUACAGCACGACCUUUGACCCGUCAACUUGCAUCAUGUAAUCGGAUGUUGCUAAACAUCGCCUAUGUCAACGUAGGCUAGGCCUCAAUGGACCAAAAUGGAUAACUUAAAAGUGAAAAUAGCCAGUGGUGAAUACAAAUUUAUGAACAAUACAUCACUGAAGGCCAAGUCAGACGUAUGGGAGAAAUUCAGAACAACCUUAUCAGCAGCUUUGCUACUUGUAGAAAAUGCUGCAAAGUGUUAGCAUGUGAUAGCCUCAAGCCAGUUCGCUCUAAGAAAACAGCUGCAGAAGCCCAAAUGUCGUGUCCAUCAAUAGAUGCUUUUCCAAGAACACAAGUCUCAAGCACUUUAAGCUGAAAGUGGCAGCAGUGGACGAACACCUGAACGUGUGUCACCAUGACAGUGUGCACUUCGACAGUGAGCUGCCUGAAUUCAGGACUCAGGGAGGAGUUCACAUUCAUGCUGAUGGACUGACGGUCACUGCACCUGUGCUCAUGUGGGUCAAGGCUCUGGACCUGCUACUGUACAAGAUGAAGAGAGUGGGGUUUGACUUCUCCCGUGUUCGAGCACUGUCAGGCAGCGGCCAGCAACACGGCAGCGUGUACUGGAGAAAGGGGGCAUCUCAGACACUGAACCAGCUCAUCCCGGACCAGAAGCUCCACCGGCUGCUGCGGGACAGUUUCUCAGUGUGCGACGCUCCCGUGUGGAUGGACUCAAGCAGCGGGCCACAGUGUCUGCACCUGGAGGCUGCAGCAGGGGGUGCUCUGAGACUUGCCGAGCUCACUGGGUCCAGAGCCUACGAGCGUUUCACCGGUAACCAGAUCGCAAAGCUGCGACAGAGUCGUCCACAGGCAUACAAGGACACAGAGAGGAUCUCACUGGUCAGCAGUUUUGCUGCCUCCCUCUUCCUCGGUGAUUACGCCGCCAUCGACUACAGUGACGGUUCGGGGAUGAAUCUGCUGGACAUCAGGACCAAGACCUGGUCUCAGAUCCUCCUGGACGCCACCGCUCCAGGUCUAGGGCGACUCCUGGGAGCGCCGCUGCCAUCCACGUCUGUACUGGGUCCCAUCUCAUCCUACUUUGUUCAUCGAUACAGUUUCUCUGAGAGCUGCAGGGUGGUUGCAUUCACCGGAGACAACCCAGCAUCUCUGGCAGGAAUGAGCCUCCAGCCCGGUGAUGUUGCUAUGAGUCUGGGGACCAGCGACACAGUAUUUCUGUGGAUCCAGCAGCCCCGUCCAGCUCUGGAAGGACACAUCUUCUGCAAUCCCGUGGACCAGGACAUGUACAUGGCCCUGCUAUGCUUUAAGAAUGGAUCAUUGACGAGGGAGCGAAUAAGGAAUGAAUGCGCUGAAGGGUCAUGGGAAGUUUUUUCCACCGCCUUGAGGGAGACGCCACUCGGAAACAACGGGAGCAUCGGCUUUUAUUUUGACAAUCUGGAGAUCACACCUUCUGCUGCAGGAGUUCACCGAUUCGACGGGGAUGACAACAAGGUGUCCUGGCUGAGUCCUCAGGUGGAGGUCCGGGCUCUGGUUGAGGGGCAGUUCCUGUCCAGGAGAGUCCACGCUGAGAGACUCGGAUACUGCAUUGUUCCGGGAACCAGAGUUUUGGCCACAGGAGGAGCUUCAUCCAAUCACGCGGUUCUACAGGUUCUGUCGGAUGUAUUCAAUGCUCCAGUCUACACCAUCGACAUGUCCGACUCAACUUGCUUGGGCGCAGCUUACAGAGCUUUGCAUGGCCUGGGCGCAGAAUCCGGAGUUUCCUUCUUUGACGUGGUGAAGAACACACCUGAACCACACCUAAUGGCCACGCCCCAUCCUGCAGCGCAGCAGGUGUACGACCAGAUGCUUAAACGCUAUACCCGAUUGGAGGAGAUAGUUCUGCAGGCGCACUGCACUGGUGCCACCACCACCAAUAAGCCAUGUUGAUGGAAAUAAUAACACAACUAAAUAGAUUUUUUUUUAAACUCGUGUUAAUUUCAAAUAAAAUCAGGUUCAGUAAUGAAAAGUUAAUGUAAAAGGUGUGCUGAACACUGAACAUGACCUCUAAUGAUUAAAUUUGCUUAGGUGGAAUGAACAUGGUCACUCACAGUGAUGUGUUAAGUGAAAAUGCACUGCCAUUCACAUCCUUUUAGUACAAGUGUGUAAUAACAUGUUAGUUAAGUAGCAAUCAGCAACACAAUGAAACAGUAUUAGACUUUAAAGUACAAUAAAAGCGGAGUGUCUUUCAGUACACUUUGUGCUAACAUGCCAGCUAAGUGACACAAUAAAUCAUGAUAUCUUACUGUAGGGUCUUAUGUUGAUGUGUCAUUGAUGGAUAAUUAACCAGCAUGUAAGAUUCCCAGCUAGCAACUUGUUAUAUUACCCUGGAGUCUGUUGAUUUAUCAUGUCGCUGAGAGCUACUCGGAUAGCAUGUUGAUGCUCAUUAGCACAAAAACACACCCACCUAGCAACCCAUUGGGUACAUCCUAAAUCUCUUAUAAGCUGCACAAGAAUUCCUAUAUGCCUAGACUGUCUGUUUAUGCAUAAAUGGCAAAUAAAAUCUUGACUUAUACUGUAAGUAUCGUCGUUUCCCUCACUUGUAUCUUAGUCUCACCCACAUA